AUGGCAAGCGGCGGUCACGGCGGCGGCGGCGGCGGCUCCACCACCCCCGCAGGGGCGGAGUCGACGGCAAACGAGGCCACACGCAACUUCCUUCUCGGCCUUCCGCGGGAGGGCCCGGCACCGGGGAGCGCCGACGCCGCCUCCCUGCAGGAGGCUGAGGCCUUCGUGGGGGAGAUUCAGCAGGAGAUCAUGGCGUACGACUUGGCCAACGCUCGGGCCAUGGAGACCUACGCGCGUAGCUGCUGGGCAAAGAUCCCCUUCUUUGGCGCGCGGUGGACGACCGGGGCCGCCGCCGAAGCGCGGGGAGGGGACCAGCCUCUCGAUAGUCGCGGCAGCGCACACGACGUCGAGGUCGACGCCGCCGCUGCCGCGACGCAGGCCAUGCGGGGGCAGUGCCGCGUGGAGCGGACCUCGGCGGCUGCGGUGGAUGGGGUGAGGCGGCCCCCGCAGCCAAAGAUGAACAGUUGGCUCUUCAAGCAGCGUCACCCCGGCUGGGUGCCGCUCAUUCAGCGCUGGUGGGUCCCCUGCGUCUGUGUGGCGGGCCUUGUUGUCGUCUGGACACCCGACGUAUGGAAGCUGCGGGCGCUGUACUGGUGCGAUCACAAGUACGCCCUCUUGCGGCGGAGCGUGCACAAGGCAUACUGGCGGGCAACGAUGAGCGCGGCGGACUACGAGCGGCUGAUGCAGGAGUUGGGGCAGGGGCAGCCGCAGCCGGUGAAGGCCAACAAGUGCCCGCUGUAG